AUGAUAUCUGGUUCUUUUUACGCAUUUCUUGCUGGUUGUUUGGGUGCUGCCGCCUCUUUAUCGGCGAAACUCACCCUUGGCGCAGACUACCUGAUGGAAAUAUGCCAAGCUACAGUAAGCGGCACAUCCGGAGCGCAACACGAUGGACCUACUGUUUGUUCUUGGCUGCAUAUCCCUCUGCGGUUGAUGUGCAUGGGCUUGAUGUUCCUCUGCAACGCUGUCAUGUGGACCUUCUUCUCCAAAGCUCUUCGCUACAGCUCUUCUUCAGCCAUGGCCACUGCGACCACGAGCGCGGGCAACUUUAUCUUUUCAGCCAUACUGGGGAAGCUCAUUUUUGGAGAGAGUCAAGCAGGUCUGUACUGGUUGGGAAUCUUUCUGACGCUGUGUGGGAUGGUGGUGCUUCAUGGAUCCAGGCCAAAGGAGGACCUGCCACAGGAAGAGGGCAAAACCGACUAG